UGUGAUUAAUUGUUUCCAGGGGCAGUUGACUGCUUGUGCGGCUAUGAAGUCGAUAUAAGCAUGUAGAAGAGAGCCAGCAGUAAUUAGAGGUCCGUGCCCACUAUGGAAAACGCGACGGUGUUUUUCCGGCCCGUUGCUAACUGGGGAGCUACAGCUCUCAGCCUUCCGUAGGUACCAGGCAGGCUGCCGUUCUGACGAAGCUGAGCACCCCAAUACUUGUACAUCAACGUCAACACUCCUUGAGCCUCGCAACGACUCCACGUUUCGCCUCCAUACACCAAAAAAGCACACUGUCUACUCCCAAAUAUAGCGAUUUCGCAACAACUCUUCUUUAAUCCGACACCAUGGCAUCCGGCUACGACAGAGCUCUGUCGGUAUUCAGUCCCGACGGCCACGUUUUCCAGGUCGAAUAUGCCGGCGAAGCUGUCAAGCGAGGAACUUGUGCUGUCGGUGUCAAGGGUGCCGAUGUUGUGGUGCUAGGAUGUGAGAAGCGCUCCGCCAUGAAGCUGCAAGAUACUCGCAUCACACCUUCCAAGAUCCAGCUCCUCGAUCACCACGUCGCCCUCGCCUUCGCUGGCCUAAAUGCGGAUGCUCGUAUCCUCGUUGACAAAGCUCGAUUAGAGGCACAGUCCCAUCGGUUGUCAGUUGAAGACCCUGUUACUAUCGACUACAUUACCAAAUAUGUCGCUGGCGUCCAGCAACGGUACACACAGGCUGGUGGCGUCCGACCAUUUGGCAUUAGCACUCUGAUUGUUGGGUUCGACAACGGCAGCGAUGUCCCUCGGCUGUACCAGACGGAGCCCUCUGGCAUCUACUCUGCCUGGAAGGCAAACGCUAUCGGCCGUUCAAGCAAGACUGUUCGUGAGUUCCUCGAGCGAAACUACAAGGAGGACAUGGACCGAGAGGCUACCAUCCGGCUUGCCAUCAAGUCGCUGCUCGAGGUUGUCCAGACCGGAGCCAAGAACAUCGAGAUUUCUCUUAUGGCACCUGGCGCCACCAUCGAAACACUACCUACGUCCGAGAUUGAAGGCUACGUCAAGGAAAUUGAGCAGGAGAAGCAGGAAGAAGCUGCUAAGAAGAAGACGGGACGGACCCCUGGAACCGGCAGUGCUGCCAUCCUGACUCGAUCUCAGGAUGACUCCGCUGCGGAAUAGAGAGGCGUAUGGGAAGAGUUUACAUAGACAAGAGCACGGGUCUCUAAAGCCGGGACCCUGUGCCAUUGUAUUAACACAACUAAUGAUGCACGCCUAAGUUCUCUCAGAGCGUAUCCCCGUGAAAGUGACAAAUCGCUAUGUAUCCUAAACGCCACGUCUUUCCU